AUGCGCCGCAGCGCACUGGCAUGUUUCAUCUCACUGGCCUUUUUCCACAUUUGCCUCGCCAGCGAAAAGUGCGUCAUUGCAUACGGUCACCUCGUUUGCAACAAGAAUCCUCAAGAGGCAAGCAUGGCAGAACUCAAAAUCUACGAUAAAGACGCCCCAUGGCCGCUGAACUGGUUCGAUCCUGACGACCUGAUGGUAUAUGGCUUACCAAAUUCUAAUGGCGACUUCAAGCUCGCUGGCUGUGCGAGGGACACUGACCCACUUCCAGGCAUAAAAAAUCACCCUGAUCCAUUCUUGGUCAUCCUACACAAGUGCAAUAAAAAGGAAGGAGAGAUGCUGCGUUACAACGGCACGUUGCACUUCUCUCCGUUGCGUUCGAACCUUGGCGACAUCGUGUUGGAUUCGCGUUAG